AUGCCAGGUACGGUUACACACCGCUUUGCCAACGGCGGACAACCACCAGGCCCUUCUCCAGACCUCACAAAUCAGCCCAACAUGGGUUACGACUACGCGCUGGUGCACCUCAAGUACACCAUCCCUUUGGCUGGGCUUCUCACCUUCUUCUCAUAUCCAUUGUUCACCCGCCUCGAUGUUGUGAGAACACUCUUCAUCGUCACCAUCGCCUUUGUGGCCACCAUCCCAUGGGAUUCCUAUCUCAUCAGAACUGGCGUCUGGACCUACCCUCCAAAUGCUGUCCUGGGUCCUACCCUGUUCGACAUCCCGAUUGAAGAGCUCUUCUUCUUCAUCAUUCAGACCUACAUCACGGCUCAGCUCUACAUCAUCCUCAACAAGCCUGUCCUGCACGCGCAGUACCUCAACUCACCAGAUACCGUCCCGCAAUGGAUCAAGCGCGGAAAGCCCAUCGGGCAGGGCAUCCUUGCUGGAAGUGUUGCGCUGGGUGCCUAUCUCAUUGCGAAGGAGGGCGAGGGAACGUACAUGGGCCUGAUCUUGGUGUGGGCUUGCUCCUUUGCCCUCUUCAUCUGGACCAUCACUGCCCAUUUCCUCCUGGCUCUACCGCUGGUGUGCACCUUGGUACCGAUCAUCCUGCCCACAGUCUACCUUUGGGUCGUUGAUGAGCUGGCUCUGGGCCGCGGCACCUGGGCCAUUGAGAGCGGAACUAAGCUUGAGUUCAAGCUCUUUGGCGACUUGGAGAUUGAGGAGGCCACCUUCUUUCUGGUGACCAACAUUCUCAUUGUCACUGGAGUGGCCGCCUUUGACAAGGCUGUUGCCGUCUGCGAUGCCUUUCCCGACAAGUUUGACAAGCCGGCCGAUGCUUUGUCCAUGUCUUUGCUGCGCGCCAGGGUCCUGCCUGCAUCCAAGUAUGACAUGCAAAGAAUCUUGGGUAUCCGUCAAGCGGUCUCCAGACUGGCAAAGAAAAGCCGCAGCUUCCAUCUUGCAAGCUCGGUCUUCCCUGGCCGAUUGCGCAUCGACUUGACCUUGCUUUACUCAUACUGCCGUCUGGCCGAUGACCUUGUCGAUGAAGCCAAGACGCCCGGGGAAGCGUCCGUUUGGAUCUCCAAGCUCGACCGUCACCUCAGCCUGCUGUACAAAGACCCAGAUUCGACCUCGGCGUCUCUCGCCUCUCAAUAUGCCGCAGAGAACUUCCCCGCCUCGGCACUCUCAGCGCUCGAUCUCCUCCCAUCAUCCCUGCUUCCCCGGGAGCCCCUCGCCGAGCUUCUGAAAGGCUUCGAGAUGGACCUCUCCUUCAGCAGCAACACCUUUCCCAUCGCCACCCCCGAGGACCUCGAGCUCUAUGCAGCCCGCGUCGCCAGCACUGUCGGCCAAUCCUGCCUGGAACUCGUCUUCUGCCACUGCAAGCACUCCCUGCCGCCGUACAUGCAGGCCUACCUCCGCAACACGGCGCGCCAGAUGGGUCUUGCGCUGCAGUUCGUCAACAUCGCCCGCGACAUCGCCGUCGACGCCAAGAUCGGCCGCGUCUACCUCCCCACGUCGUGGCUCAAGGAGGAAGGUUUGGCGCCCUCAGACGUCCUCGAGAACCCCAAGGGCGAAGGUGUCGCGAACGUCCGACGCAAGAUCCUCGACAAGGCGUUUGAACACUACGGCGAGGCCAGGGACUCGAUGAAGUGGAUCCCCUCGGAGGCGCGCGGCCCCAUGGUCGUCGCCGUCGAGAGCUACAUGGAGAUCGGCCGGGUGCUGGUGCGCAACGGCAGCGCCUCUGCCGCCGAUGGCACCGGCCGGGCCACGGUGCCUAAGUCGAGACGGGUUUGGGUCGCUUGGAGCACGUUGAUGGCGGCCUAG